AUGAUGACACAGCGUCGCACAUCAGGCGCAGGGAGCGUCACAGGAACAAGUAGUGCAGCAGCAGCGGCAGCGGCGGGUGCAGCUGACAGGACAGGGACGGGCCAGCGAAGAAGGGAUACCGUUGUUGGCACGCAUGAUGACAGCGGUGGGCGCGGUGGCGAUGGUCCUGAGCGGGGCACAGACAGUGACAAGGAUCAGAACACAGAUGUUGACGAACACGCAAAUCAAGUCCAGCGACCACAAGUUGACAUUGGUCUCAUGGCUGACGCCUUUGACCGCCUCGUCCUCGAGCUGCACCCUUUCAUUCGAAUCGGCAGCGCUAUUCGCUACAUCCUCAGCUGGGAGAACCCAAAAGCAACGCUCGUGGUGCUUGCGGUCUGCUUGCUUUGCAGCUUCCUUCCGCUGCUGGUCCCGUUCUUUGUGGCGUCGUCGAUGCUCGCCUGCUUGUGGUAUCGCUACUACAUGCGAGGCGACGUCUCUGCCAUCCUCUUUGAUGCCGAUCUCGUCAAAGCUGUGGACAGCUACACGCGCGCACUGCCCAAGAUGUCACAGGAGGCGGCAAUGCAAAGGAAACUCAACCGCUUUCAUCACAUAUUGCUGAUGCUGCAGUCCUCCAUGCUGGCGGCAAUGAAACUGCUCAUCUCCAUACGCACGCUGCUGUUCUGGAAACACCCAACGAUAACGCUGUGGUUCAUUGGGAACAUCAUUGGUGUUGCUGCGGCGGUGCUGGUAAUGCCAAAGGAAUAUGUCUUUGCAUUCAUGGUCGUGUCUGUGUUCGCAGCUGAAACGCAUUUAGGGCGGGCCUGCCGAAGUUUCUACAUCCCUGCGCUGCCGCCUGUGGACCUUGCUGAGGAGGCUGCAGAGGUACGGCCGCUCGUGGAACAGGACGAGGCAAACAGGGAAAAGAUUUCAAAACACCUGCACGAAAUGCAGGCAGAGCUGAACGCGGGCGCACUCGAAGACAGCAGCAGCCAGCGUGGUGGUGGCGGCGGGACAGACCGGCUCUCAACGGCAGGCGGUGACAAUGAUGAUGAUGAAGAUGGUGAUGGCGAUGAUGGCGAUGAGGACGGAGGCAGUGUUGCGGGGAACGGGAGCGGCAGUACCACCGGUGCGCCGUUGAGUGACCAAACACGCAGAACCAUGGCUGCUCUUGGCUCGUCGCAUCUCCAACAAAGGUGUGCGACGCCGGAUUCCGUCUCCGUGUACAACGACGGUGGGUUUGUCUGGGUGGACGUCGAUAAGCAUCACCACCAACGUGCUUCGGUGGCUCACAGCACGCCUGUAUCAACCAGCUCCCUCGACCCACCCUUAUCCAGGCGAGUGCCGGCGUCCACGAGUGCGUUGCGACGGCGGUCUGGCGCAUCGGCACCACCGCCGCGAGCAGCAGCACAACCACGGUCAUCGUCAUCGUCGUUGUCGGCAUCAGUGCACGCGCGGCGGACAGCAGCAGCAGCGGCACAGCACCACCACCAUGCAUGUGCACAGUGCGGUUCCGCCUUCAACAUCAUGCGCUCAAAGUACGACUGCAACAGCUGCGGGUCACCAAUCUGCAGCCGCUGUGCCGUCAAAGUCAAGCGCUCUGCUCUCGGCACCGUCGGCAAUGCGGCGGCGUCGACGGUGCGGGUGUGCGGGCCGUGUGCAGAAACGCUUCGUGUGCGAGCUGAGGGCCUGCGCCCAAACGAGCACGACAUUGUGCUUGGCUCCGACACCCACACCUGACCACCACAGUGCGCACACCUGUGUGUGUGUGUGUGUGUGUGUGUGUGUGUGU